GGCGAUCCAGACUCCCUGUUCCUGUGAUUUGAUCAUCCUUGGUCGGCCCCAACAACUACGUCGCACUCCAGCAGACGAGAGGAUGAACGAUAAUCAGAAAAAAAUUUCUCUUCCUACAUCUUGUACGCAGGAAGAUGAUGCUCCUGAUCUCGAUUUUGAUGUCAGUGACAUAAGUGAUGAUGACGAGGAGUGGACACCUGCUGAGCGAGGGACAUCAAGAUAUGAAGAUGACACAUCUUCUGAAAGUGAGGUAGAAGAGGAGGAGGAGGAUGAGCAACAAGUUAGCUCGUCAUCUGGUCAUACCAGACAAAUGUAUUUCAAAGUGGACCCUCAUUUUAAAGGACAGCUUGGACAACAUCCACAAGUUCCUGAGGAUGCAGUCACUACAGCUCAGCUUAGGCCAAUUGAUUAUUUUGAAGCCUACAUAAAUGAAGAUUUUUUGAUAAAAAUAACUAAUGCUACAAAUCAACGUUAUGUUGCUGAAAAUGGUAUAUCUCUAGGUGUGACCAAAAAGGAAAUGUCAGUUUUUAUAGGGAUAAAUUUUGUGAUGUCUGUAAUAGGGAUGCCUAGAAUUAGAAUGUAUUGGGAGAGGUAUACUAGAAUAGAUUUAAUUUGUAGAAAUAUGACCAGAGAUAGGUACUCAAAAUUAGAAGCAAUCUGA